AUGCUGAGUUUCAAGAUGGCUGUGGUGCCGGUCCUUUUCGCGCUGUUGUGCGUGUUGGACCUGGCGAGGGCUGACGGUGUCCGCAACAUGACAGGGACGUGGAGCAGUGGCUCGCAGCAGGUGUUGACGGGUGCUGUGAAUGGAAACAUGUUUUACAACCCCAUCAAGAAGCUGUUCAACGUGCCGCCAGUGGCCGGCGUUUCGUACAGCUUUACGCCCGAUGGGUAUUUUGAGAUGGCGCGUGUCAAGUACAACUCGAGCAGUGAGAAGCCCCAGUGCUUCAAAGCGAGUCUGAUGUGGCAACACGGCACGUACGAGGUGCACAACAAGACCUCGUUUACCAUGCACCCCUAUAAGGGCGACGGCGCCGUGCAGAUCAUCGAUCCCUGCGCGGACGGUGAAAAGCAGGUGAUGAUCGAUGAGCCGAUUAGCAACUGGACGACGUAUGUCGAGUCGGAACCCGUAUACCAGCCCCCGGGCACCAAGUCCGCGUUCAGCAUGCAGAUGUAUGCUGCGAAUGGCCAGCCGUUCCCCAAGCUUUAUCUCACCCACGACCCCCCGAACAUGCUUCCCACCCAGCAAAUUUUCCGCUAUGUAAUCGGCGCGAGCGGAUAA